AUGUUAGAAGAGAUGGAUGCAGAAGAGUUACAAGGAACAUCAAGCCAGAUCUAUGGUAAAGAAUGGUGUAGAAAGCACGUUAAAGCGAGACCUAAUCUCCUCAAUUUUUUGGAACAUAGGGAAAUGGAAUUAAGGAAACCGGGUAAGUUUUGUCUAAAUAACUCUUAUAUUAAUGUUCUGCAUCACACGACUAACGUUUUUCUGGUAGCUACAAUACUUCUUUUUGUCGGCACAAUAUUUUAUCGUUACAGUUAAUGUUUUCAAUUCUAGGUACCCAAUUCUUGUCGGGAGGCAGAGACUACUAUAAUUACAUAAAGUCGAUAGAACAGUCUGGUUUUGAAGCCGUGACUACAGUAACACCGAUUAGAUAUACACCAGAUGGCUCGAAAAUGAUAGGGUUAGAUGGGGGUAAACAGGAAUUGGUGUGUUAUAGGUAUAAUGGCGUUGGUAAUAUACGAAACAAAAGGAAGCCUACUUGGGAGGUGAGUUUGAAGUAAAAUGGAAGAAAACGUACAGUCAUUUCACUUUAUUUAUUUAGAAAUGAUAUAAAAUGACUAUUUUUUGAUAAUUUAAAAAAAAAUUUUUUUAAAAUAAAAAUUUAAUUUAAAUUUUUCAUUUUUUAAGCUGCCAUUUACAGGACUUGUACACAAAAUUAUGGACUUUAAAAGUGAGACAACUGGAAACUGGUGCAACAGCAGUGCGCGACAUAAUAUUGUUCCCAAAUGACAUGGAUCACGUUGUGUUUGCGUAUUAUAUACUCAAACCGGACAAUGCGAUCAUCUUGAGCGAAAUUCAAAGAAAUAAUGAAAGUGAAGCACCAGUUGGGCCUCUGGCGAUAACCAAUUAUGCGGUGGCGGACAUGGAGGUAAGGUGGGACAAUGGUGCUACUUUUGAAUAUAUCUGUAGAUUUUCAAUUUUUUUUUCUUGGAAACAAAGUAUUGACAUUUUUUUAAAUGGAAAAAAGUUUUUGCAGUUUUUCGUUUAAGAAAAGAAGGUUUUGCCAUUUGCCCUUCCGUAAAUAAAGUUCUUGACAUUUUUUGUUUCCUAAAGGAAUCUUUUCCAUUUUCUGUUUGUAAACAAAGUUUUUGACACUCUUUUUAAAAUUCUUCCAAACUUUAUAUUUUCUUCAGACGGGAAAACUAAAGCACCUGCUACGAUACUAUUUUGAGCACCAAAACUCAUUGUCAAUAUACCAUGUGGAUAGGAUAUUCGGAAUCUUGUCAAUUCAACACCAAACCAUAAUGAUCCUUCGUCUACAAAAGGAUGGCAAAUUAGCGAGACUACGGGAGGUGGGAAGGAUGGUGUACGAUGAUUGUCGGUUCUUCGUCAAAGAUAAAGUACCUGCUCAUACUGAGACGUGUUUAAUGAGUAUGUUUAUUGGACAGAAAGUUCUCGCCGUUCUUUGUUCUAAAAAAAAUGUUCUUGUCAGUUUUUUGUUUUGGAAAGAAAGUUUCUGAUAUUCGUUCUGUAAAGAAAGUCCUCUCCAUUUUUCCUGGAAACAAACUAUUCUUCAAGGUUUUUAAAUUGACCAUUUCAGGUUUUCGGCAAAAGUUCCUCACCUUCCUAUACGACCAGCACGUUCGCCUAGGAACGUCGCACGAAUUCCUGCAGUAUUUUCAAUACUACCGUACCCUCCGAAUGAGUAAAUUUCAAUUCCUUGGGCCCGAAACCUUACUGAUUCGAAUGGAGAAAAGCCUAAAAGGAGCGAUUGGAGGUGAUCAAGAGCUAUAUGCUCGCAGGGCGAACCGUAAUGAAGCGACCAUUUCUCAUUUCAUGCACGUCAUAUACGAAUGGAGAGAGCCCAAAAUACUGGCUUGUUAUAAUCGCACAUCGGAAAAGCUGUACAAUAUGAUGAUCGAGCGGUACGAACAGUUCAGGUUCGGUAAUAUUGUGGAUAACUACUUCCCGACGACGCUGGAACAUUGCAAUCACUUGAGGAGGAAGCAGGACCAGAUUGUGGAACAGUGCACCAGUACUGACAGAGGUAAAAAUGAUUAUAAGGUUGGAUUUUAAAAAUUAAAAGGCAAUUUUCUAAGGUGAAUGGCAGAAACAAAUGAAAAAGCUUUGCUCACAAAGGAAAUAGGCAAAACUUGUUAGCGUUUCUCCAACGUUUUUUAAAAAAACCAAAGUAAAAACUUAAAUUAUGUGUUUUAGGAGACAAAACCAAAGCCUACAAUCAGUUCAUUCGCGACCUUCCAAUGGCGAUUCAAACCAACUACUGUCAGCCAAUCAUCGCCGAUCCCUUCUACUUUAGUUACGAGAACCGUGUGACAUUAAUUAUUGACCGUAUCCGCUGCUCACCCGAUAUGAACAUCAAAAUUGUGAACCGAAGGACCGGCGAUCGGAUCGUGGACAUUGAAUUCGCCCAGCUACCCCUCCAGCCGUACAAAUUGAACCCGCCCGUGCUCAGAUGUCUCUUUCAUCCUAUCGAACCAAUCGCUACGAUCACCGAACGAUUCGCGACGGAAAGCAACGUGGUCGUGAUCACCUUACCACCAGAUCAAACAGAAUAG